GAAGGGGCGCGUACGGAGGUAUGUACGGGGAUCACGAACGCGACGCGGCGCGCGACGCGACGAAUGGAUUGAUGAUUUAGUGAUCGUCUUCGAUGAGCGAACGAGAAAUGAUCUCUGCUAUUAGCGAGCCUCGCAUCGGCGACGCAAUUAAAAUGCAUGUCGUUUAGGUACGUAAUAAUUCUCACGCGAAAUUUGUUUACUUCACCGAGGAGAGGACUCUCGCGAGUCGCGGCCGCGUCGUACGCGUCAGCGCCACAUCUGUAAUCUGAAAAAAGAAGGAUUGAGGAUGCCACGAACACGACGCAGCGCGCGACGCCACGAAUGGAUUGAUGAUUUGGCGAUCUUCGACGAACGAACGAGAAAUGCUCUCUGCUAUUAGCGAGCCUCACAUCGACGACGCAAAAUGCGUGUCGUUUAGGGUCGCUGUGCGAACGAGCACCCGACAGGAUGGAGUCCACCUGAGGAGAAGGCUCUUACAUAUCGGUCCGCGCGUUUAUAUAUUCGUUCACGCGUUCCGUCCGAAUUGUCCGCACUUCGUCUGCUCCUCUCGUCGAUCCCCGAGAGACCGCGCCAUGUCCAAGUACAACGUCAACGAGGAGCACGACAUGGAGAACCGCAGGGAGGUCACGCUGACCGGUUUCAGCAGCAACGCGCUCGACGACGUUCUUCGCAGCAACAACAAUGAGCCGAAUGCGCUGAACAGCAAUCCCAGCAGCGCUCACGCCAUCACCAAAGACGCGAAGAUUGUCAAUCUCGAGGUUCCACAAGAUUCUGGCACGAGUGGUCUAUGUACAUCCGGAAGAAGAUGGUUCUAUCGACGGGUUAGAAGGUCUUGCAGGAAGAAGCUGCUAUUCAAGAGAAUACCGAUCUUAACGUGGCUGCCGAAUUACCGGAAGGAAUACGUGGUGAGCGAUCUAGUAGCUGGUAUCACCGUAGGCCUCACCGUCAUACCGCAAGCCAUAGCAUACGCUAACGUCGCGGGAUUACCGUUACAGUAUGGACUCUAUUCAUCUUUCAUGGCCUGUUUCGUGUACACAAUUUUCGGCUCUUGGAAAGACGUGCCUGUCGGGCCAACCGCAAUCGCCGCGAUUUUAACGAGAGAAACUUUACAAAAGGCCCAUCUAGGACCCGAUUUCGCAGUGUUGCUGUGUUUCAUUUCAGGCUGCGUCUCCUUAUUAAUGGGCAUUUUACAAUUAGGAUUCUUACUGGAUUUUAUAUCGGGACCAGUAUCGGUUGGUUUCACGUCGGCGGCGUCGAUUAUCAUCGCCACCAGUCAAGUAAAAGAUAUUCUUGGGCUCAAAGUUUCCGGUACCAAGUUCAUGCAGGUCUGGCAAAGUAUCUUCGAGCAUAUCGGCGAGACGAGACUUUGGGACGCCGCUUUGGGAAUUGUCUGCAUAAUCGUUCUUCUACUUCUCCGAAAGGUAAAGGAUUUGCCGGUGGCGCCGAAAAAUACUAAAGUACCAUCGCGGCUUCAACAAGUUAUCACAAAGUCGUUCUGGCUGAUCUCCACUGCCAGAAACAUUAUCAUUGUGAUCGUCUGCGCGGUGAUGUGCUUUCUCCUCGAGAAGCACUUGGGAGAAUCACCCGUCAUUUUAACGGGCCACGUGAAGCAAGGACUACCGGAAUUCCGUUUGCCACCUUUCGAAGCUCAGGUCGGGAAUGAGACCUACACUUUCAUCGACAUGAUUUCCGCUCUGGGCACUGGCUGUCUAGUCGUUCCCAUGCUAAGCCUGCUAGAAACCAUCUCAAUCGCCAAAGUUUUCUGCGAGGGUAAGUCGAUAGACGCGACUCAGGAAAUGUUGGCGUUGGGUGCGUGCAACGUGAUAUCCUCGUUUGUAUCAUCAAUGCCCGUAAGCGGCGGCCUCAGCCGAGGCGCGGUCAACCACUCGUCCGGGGUGAAGACGACGCUCGGUGGAGUUUACACUGGACUAUUAGUGCUCAUAUCGUUGCAGUUUCUCACACCCUAUCUGUACUAUAUACCCAAGGCCACCCUGGCGGCCGUCAUCAUUGCCGCGGUCGUCUUUAUGGUGGAGCUUCAUGUGGUGAAGCCAAUGUGGCGAAGCAAAAAAAUUGAUCUCAUACCGGCCAUAACUACGUUCCUGUGUUGUCUUUUCAUACGACUCGAACUGGGCAUCGUGAUCGGCAUCGGUAUAAAUCUUUUGUUCCUACUUUAUGCCUCGGCCAGACCGACGUUACGAGUUCAUAAAGCUACGAGUAUUAGUGGUUGUGAAUAUCUUGUCAUAACUCCGGAUCGGAGUCUGGUGUUUCCAAGCGUCGAGUACGUACGAGCCGUCAUUAGCAAGCAGGGCUUACGAGAGGGUACCGCCGUGCCCGUGGUAAUAGAUUCUACGCAUAUCCAGGCAGCUGAUUUCACCGCUGCAAGGGGUAUCAAGACUUUGAUAGAGGAUUUUACUAAACGGGGCCAACCAUUAAUCUUUCAUAACUUGAAACCGAGCGUUAUCGAGAUCUUUAAAGGUGUGAAACCUUCAGGGCUCACGUGCAGCUCCAGCGAGCUCGAGCUCAACGAUCAUCUUAAAGAAUACACGAACGCUUCGACCGAGACUCUUAAUCGAUAUUAGUUAUACAGAUAGAGAGAUACGAACAAUAUUUUUUUUUCCCCUCCUUAGCGAGCAUCAGUAUUAAUGGUAAGAAAAUACCGUGGUGUUUUCGUUAAAGGCCAGGUUAUUACUGCGAGGCAAAUAUGCUACUUUCAAAUUUAGCCAAUUAAAUACUUUGUAUAUAUAUGUACGUACAUAAAAUAUUUAUGAGCACAAGCUAUUAUGAAAUUAGCAUGUAUCCUGUAAAUGUACGCAAUAUACACAGUGUAAUAUUUUUGUACUUACAAAAGGCGAAAGCCUACAUAUAUUCCGAUACAAAUGUACACUUCAAACUUAUUAGUAAGUGAUACUCUAUCUAUUCAAAUUUAUUCGAAUUUAGAUAGGCGUGCAAAAUGAUCUGCGUUGUUGGUAGUACAAGUCGUAGAAAAAAAUGUAUGCAUUUCUGUAUAUAUAAAAAAUAGAUCGAAAGUACAGGAAAUUAAACUUUUUUCGUAAUUAUUCGUUUCAACGGGCACGCGGAUGAUUUUAACUUCGACAUUAAUCUUGGCCUUCACGAAGGUCUUGGCAGUCACGCUCCGCCCACGCAUUCAUUUUGCAGUAAAUAUAUAUUCAAAUUAACGUAUCUUCUAACAAUCUAGUUUGCAUACUCUAUUCGUUAAUAAUUUUUUAAU